CUACUCCAAAUUCAAACUCGUACUCCAAAAUGGAGGUUAUAAAAAUUUAUUAUACUCAUACUCAAACUCCAACGGAGUACAAACUCAAGAUUUUUCAAGUAUGCUCCAAACCAACCUCAGAGUCAAUCUCAAGUGUCGUCUGUAAAAAUGGCAGCUCGCAGGGUUUUAGUUUGGCGCUAUCGAAAUGCUCAGCAGCACAGGCGUCCGAGGUUUUUUAGAGACCGCUCCAAUCCCCUUGAAGAUUUGGACGAGGACGAAGUUUUCGAAAGGUAUCGUUUCCGACCUCAGACGAUCCUGUUCAUCCUUGGACUUCUUCCCAAUCUUGCAAGACCCACAGGACGCAACAACCCCUUGCCACCACUGUUGCAGUUACUGUUAUGCCUGAGGUUCUUGGCCACUGGUGCUAUCCACCUUCUCAUCGGGGACUCGUUGAAUAUUUCCCGGAGUACGGCCGGCAGAUGUAUUCGGGAUAUUGCUUCCCAUCUUUCCAAUCUGUGCCGGAGAUUUGUUAGAUUCCCCACUGGAAACGACGCCUUAUCCGUGAAACGUGCCUUCUCCGCCAUUGCAGGUUUUCCAAAUGUCCUUGGAUGUUUGGAUGGCACUCAGAUUAGAAUUAGGAAGCCGAAACUGAAUGAGGCAGAUUAUGUAAACAGAAAAGGCUAUCAUUCUUUGAAUGUGCAGAUGUGCUGUGACCACACAUUUAGGAUAACAAGCUGUGUUGCAAGUUGGCCUGGAUCUGUUCAUGACAGCAGGGUGUUCAGACAAUCCGCACUGUGUGCACAGUUUGAAAAUGGUGAGAUUCCUCCUUUUUUUCAUUAAAUAACAAAUAAUGUGCCUCAAUUCCCAAAAUUUAAAUAUUUGCUCCUAACAGAUAGUUAUAACUUUUACACAAUUUUUUUUAGGAGAACUGAUAUCCAGUGUGAAAAGUGAUUAAAACCAAUUGCUAAUUAGUUAUAAUUCUAGUCCAAUACGUUCCUAAGGUCUCCAAAUUUAUAAGAUCUUUUGA